UAUAUACUGGGCAUUAUGCCAUUCAUUGAGGGUUUAUCUACAAGUCUUGACCUCGCUUUCCGAAGGCGUGACAGGAAGUCAUGGUGACCAUAUGGUCAUCUGAGUCCCAGAGACUGAACACCUUUUCAAAGAAUGACUCUCGCAUCUUGUCCGAGAUGACCUGCGCGGUUGUUCCAGAGAAAGGUCGGGCAUUACACCACUCUUGCAGAAGGUCAUGGAAGCUGUGUUUCUCCUGUUCUAAAAGGUCCUCCGGUCCAGCAAUAAUGCUGCUGGCCGCACGGUUGGCAACUUCUCCGAUGGACAUGAUGAUAAAAGUUUCCCAAGUUCAACCUUUAAUCAGGGAGUUAUAUAAGUCGAAUGGGCUUGUAAGCUUACUGAGAGGUGUUGAAAAAUCUUUGGUUAAAUUAUUACAAGACCAUGAAAUAGUUAGGAUGCAAGGAAGAAAAAGAGACGGUUCUAUUCUUUCUGUUCUAGUAACAUGAUGAUUAGAUUUCAGUUACAUGAAUACGCUUUCUAUUGUUGAAUUGGAUUUUGUUGCUGAG